AUGUUAAAUAUACAUACCUUACCCUAAUAGUGGUUUAGGCUUCAAUCACUUCUUUACUGGGAAGGUGGCUAUUAGUUAGCCUAUAUCCCUACCAGCAAGCCUUACCUCUGAACUACAAACCAGGGAAUCAACAUACUUAAAUUGUUGAUCACAGCUCUGUAUACACCAGUUUCUCUCCUUACAGUAAGGUCUAUGUUUCUGAGGCAAUACACAGAGGUUACUACGACACACUUCUGUCUCUGUUUUAAAGAAAGCAUUUAGGCCUUGUAGUAUAUGAAUGAUGAGCGGGACGUCUGAAAGAAGGCUAACUGGACCAGUGCAAAGAGAAAAUGUUUUUGUUAUACCCCUAAACAAACACGUCGCCUAUAUUCAUAUUUACAGUAGGGUCCAAUAUGUACCAGGCUACUUACUUUAAAACAAAAGUGUCACUGUAUGUAAAAAUAGAAGUUUAAAAUUCGUUAAAUUCAUAUCAGGCUAGCUGUUUACUAACGUCACAUUUAGCUUGAUUUGAUUGGCUGCUUACGGUGCGAUGAUAAAAACAACAACGUGUAAUAGUUUUAUAAAGACAACUUGUUUUGUUCCUACUAAAACCUUUAAAAUGUAUCGCAAUUGUUUAUCCAACAAGAGUUUUGGAAGUUUUUAGGCUCAGUGGGCUGCUGCUGUAGAGCUAGCUGGGGCUGGAGAGGAAGUGGAGUUUGGCUUACGUUGAGAGCAAAGUGGGCUGAGCCGCUGAAGGAUAUCAGGCAGAGGCGGAGAGGAGGACACAACAGAGGAGAGAGCCGUCGAGAGAGGACAGGAUGAUGCAGGCGAAACACCCACCAAAACAGCGAAAAUCGCCCCAAAAUGUGCCAGCGGCCGGGGUAGAUGACGGCGGCUAGAACCGGACUUGGAAAUGGGAAUUCGCUUGAUGUUUCACAAAUUGCGUCAACAAAGAAAUUAAUCAUCUCACCCAGGCUAAAUGGGUCGACAUUUAGCCACCAUGGAGUCGUGGAUUGAAGCGUUCCGGUGAUUUGCACUGCAACAAGUUUUUCGGAAGCAUGAGAUUGGCGUGAAGAUUUUCGAAUUCCGAUGAAAAAGAAGACAGCUCGACGCCAUUCAACUGGAUAGUGCUGAAGUGGAGACAGCGUUGUUUGACGCGAAGAUGGCAAACUGAUUUGGCAUUUAGCCAAACUUUGCCAAGAUGAAACGUUUUUGACUGGAAUUUUUUCGCUUGGAUUUUUAUUUUUUACGACAACAUGGACAUUGGAAGAUUUGCUGGCUGUAUAGCGGACUUAAAGAAUAACAUUGUUGUUUUUGGGAAACGCAAAAUUAGCAUUUGUACAUUUGUUUUCCAAAUGUUGUUUUGAAAUAAAGUUUAUGUCCUCGAAUUUUUCCUGGUUUUGUUUCAUUAGCUUAGCCACCAGAAAAUGACAAGCAAAUUUGUCGUAAUAUUUUGAUGACGUUGAAUUCCAUUAGCUCGGCUGGUUUGAAUCUUUACAACUAAUUCGUACAACAAAUACUCUUCGUUAGCACUGACUUUGUGCCACUGCUCAGCAUGUGUGCUAACUUUAAGUUAGCAUACAUGCUCACAGUAAAACUUCGUACUGGGUGGAUGAAUCUCCUCUCUUUUUCGGGUGUUAUUCUACAAAUUAAUUAUCACUUUGUUUGUUAGAUGAAGUGAAAGUGGUUGAAAAUAUUGUCACCCCCACUGUGUAAUCUUACUUCAAUUCAAUCAAUCAAAGAAUACCCACUUUUGUAAGGUACAAUGCAACUAAAGAGUGUUUUAACCUGAACAGAAAUGGUUUCCAAAGGGUUUCUAAAAUGGCUUCUGGUUGUUCUUCUUCCUGUCUGAGCAGGAAGUGAUGUAAUUUGGUGCAACAAUAAUUAUAUACUUUAUAAAGCCUCUUGGUAUUCUUACUUUUUCAUGAAGUAAGAAGUAAAGGACUCAGCUUCAAGUCUGAGGCUGAAAGUAAAUGUAAGUUUUAUAUAAAUCAAAAUUUAAACAUAAUAAAAGGGGUGGGACUUCACAUCACCUGAGUGUGGGUUAAAUGGAAAUAACGUCAAUCAAAGGCAAAGCGUUCAGAGCUAGGAAGGAGCUCUAGAUGGCGGCUGAGCCUUGGGAAGGGUGCCAUGGGCUUUCGUCAGACCGUUUCUCUUACCCGUUUUUCGACCGAAACCGUUUAAAUAUGAUUCAGAAUCGGCCGCAAUGUUAGUACGAUUGGUGUUUUAACGGGAAUUAAGACGUUUUGAGUCGUUUUCGGGCUGUUUUUUCGAGUCGUACGAGCCGUGUGUGCAGAGGGAGUGCUUGUCGUUGUUUUCCAUUCUGGGCUCUGGCAGCCAUGGCGCGCCUCCAUUUUUAGUGAGCUGCUCGCCGCUGUCGCUCAGACUCUAUCAGCAGAUGCACACUUUAAAGGCCUAAAAGCUUUUCAAAACAGUGGUCUUUAUUGCAUUUUAUUAAGUUAUUAUUUCUAUAGUUUGUUAUUUGUAUUCGAGUCGGAUACUUGCUUGUGAUAGAGCGAACGUGAACCUAAUAGUUAAUUUAUAGGUUACUACCUUUCUUCACAUUGAAUUGGUCUGUUUACAUUGUGAAGUGCAUAAUUGACUGAUUUUCUCAUCCUUAAAUCUUAUUUUUCUAACCUUUCAUGUGAUGACGCAGUUGCAAUUAAUUGCAUGCGGCUUGUUCCGUGGACUUUACUGAAAGAAAUACGUUGGAUAUUUAUCAUAUUGUAGAAACACCUGUCAAUUUUUUCUGAGCUUUAUUUUAAUCAAGCGAUGUAAAUAAUGAUACUUCCUUUCGAUUUAAUGCCUUUUUUCUCAACUCGUGUCGCGUCGCCUGGGUUUUAACUGCCACCCGAGCAAAGGCAAUCUUGUGGGACUUACAUGAUAGCUCAUGCUUCCUCCAUGCUAACUUUUUGACAGCAAAUACCAGGACUAAAGACCUUUUCAAAGACUUUCAGGAUACUACCAUGAUGAAGAACAAAAGUAAAAAACAAGAGGAUGAGCGAUCGACUCAAAGCAAUGCAUCAAGCAAUUCAGCCUCAGAAGAAUCCAACCGCUCUGCGUCGGAGUCAGGGAGUCGGUCAGAGAGCGAGCAUGGCAGUGAGCGGAGGAAAUCCCACAACUCCGAGUCAAACAGCUCCUCAGAGUCAGAGAGUCACUCAGAGUCAGGGAGCGAGUCUGCAGAGUCCAAAUCACAGCGUACCACAGAAGAAGCAAAAGACAAGCCAGUUAAAAAAAAGGAGCGCCUGGCUGACGUAAAGAAGAUGUGGGAAGAACAUCCAGAUGUGUACGGGGUCAGGAGGUCAAAUCGCAGUAGACAGGAGCCUGCUCGUUUAAACAUUGGAGCUGGGGGUAGCAGUGACUCAGAGAGUGAGAGUCCCAAGAGGAAAACCCCCCGAACCAAGAAAAAAGAAAAUAUCUGGAAAGAUGAUGACUCUAAUGAUGAAGACGAGGAGGAGGAGGCUUCGGGCAGUACAGACAGUGAGCAGGAAGAGAAAAAAGUUAGAUCCAGACGACUUCCUGCUAGAAGACCUCAGACCAAAUCAUCAACAGCCAAAAAGCAGUUGUCUCAAAAAGGCAAGAAGUCCAGGAAACCAGACUCGUCUGCUGAAGAUGACGACGAAGAUGAAGAUGAUGAUGACGACGAUGAUGAAGACGAUGACGAUGGCACUCCAAAGAGACAAACUCGAGGAAGGACUGCAACCAAAGUGAAGAGCUACAAAGAGGACCAACAUGACUUUGAAACAGACUCUGAUGACCUGAUCGAGAUGACAGGGGACGCUUGUGAGGAGCAGCAGGAUGAUGACAGUGAGACCAUUGAGAAAGUGAUGGACACCAGGACAGGGAAAAAAGCAGCCACUGGGGCCCCCACUACAAUGUAUGCUGUGGAGGAAAACGGGGACCCAAAUGAAGGCUUUGACCCAGAGAAGGAUGAGGGGGAGACUCACUAUCUGAUCAAGUGGAAGGGCUGGUCCUACAUCCACAACACAUGGGAGAGCAUGGAUACUCUGAUACAGCAAAAGGUCAAGGGACUAAAGAAACUGGACAACUUCAAAAGGAAACACGAUGAGCUCUCUUCAUGGAUGAGGAGGGCGUCCCCUGAGGAUAUAGAGUUUCAUAACUGCCAACAGGAGCUCAUAUCAGACCUGAACAAGCAGUUUCAGUUUGUGGAGCGUAUUAUUGCAACAAAAACGGGAAAAGCACCAGGAUCCACUGAAUUCCCCUCGCAUAGUCACAAAACGCCGUCCUCCAAUGAGCCAGAGUACCUCUGCAAGUGGAUGGGUUUGCCCUAUUCAGAGUGCAGCUGGGAAGAUGGAGCUUUGGUUGGAAAGAAGUUUCAGCACUGCAUCGACAGCUUCCUGAGUCGGAACUCCAGUAAAACCGUCCCAUCGAAAGAGUGCAAGGUGUUAAAGCAAAGACCGAGGUUUUCUGCUCUGAAGAAACAACCAUCAUACAUUGGAGAUGAAAACCUUCAGCUGAGAGAUUACCAGCUGGAUGGGUUGAACUGGUUGGCUCAUUCCUGGUGCAGGUGCAACAGCGUUAUCCUGGCAGAUGAAAUGGGGCUUGGGAAGACUAUCCAGACCAUCUCCUUCCUGUCGUACCUGUUUCAUCAGCACCAACUGUACGGACCCUUCAUCGUGGUGGUGCCUCUGUCCACGCUCACCUCCUGGCAGAGAGAGUUUGAAACCUGGGCCCCGGACAUGAACGUGGUGGUGUACCUCGGGGACGUCAUGAGCAGGAAAUCGAUCCGUGACUACGAGUGGGUGAACCACCAAACGAAGAGAAUCCGUUUCAAUGCACUAUUAACCACUUACGAGAUUCUACUUAAAGACAAGGGGGUCCUAGGGAACAUCAACUGGGCGUUCCUGGGUGUGGAUGAAGCUCACAGGCUGAAGAAUGACGACUCCCUGCUGUACAAAACAUUAAUGGAGUUCAGGUCCAACCACAGGCUCCUCAUCACUGGCACUCCGCUGCAGAACUCCCUCAAAGAGCUCUGGUCACUGUUGCACUUUCUCAUGCCCGACAAGUUUGCUUCCUGGGAGGAUUUUGAGGAUGCACACGGGAAAGGAACUGAUAACGGUUAUCAGAGUCUUCACAAAGUCCUCGAGCCCUUCCUUCUGCGACGUGUUAAGAAAGACGUGGAAAAAUCUCUCCCUGCCAAGGUGGAACAGAUCCUCCGUGUGGACAUGACUGCACAGCAGAAACAGUACUACAAGUGGAUUCUAACGAGGAAUUACAGAGCCCUUUACAAAGGCCCCAGAGGCAGCUCCUCCGGCUUCCUGAACAUAGUUAUGGAGCUCAAAAAGUGCUGCAACCAUAGUUUUCUCAUAAAACCGCCUGAGGAUGUAGACAAUGAAACACAAAAGGAACACAUGCAGAGUGUAGUGAGGGGCAGCGGGAAGCUGGUGCUGCUGGACAAGCUGCUGACCAGACUCCGAGAAAGAGGAAACAGAGUCCUGAUCUUCUCUCAGAUGGUCAGGAUGUUGGACAUUCUGGCUGAAUACCUCUCCAAGAAUCGCUACCCAUUCCAGCGGCUGGAUGGUUCCAUAAAGGGGGAAAUCCGAAAACAAGCACUUGACCACUUUAAUGCGGAAGGCUCCGAGGACUUCUGCUUCCUGCUGUCCACCAGAGCUGGAGGUUUGGGAAUAAACUUGGCUUCGGCAGACACCGUAGUGAUCUUUGACUCUGACUGGAAUCCUCAAAACGACCUGCAGGCUCAAGCUAGGGCUCACAGGAUCGGCCAAAAGAAACAGGUCAAUAUUUAUCGACUGGUCACCAAAGGGACAGUGGAGGAGGACAUCAUCGAGAGGGCAAAGAAGAAGAUGGUUUUGGACCAUCUGGUCAUCCAGAGAAUGGACACCACUGGUCGAACUGUACUGGACAGCAACUCGGGGACCACAAAUUCGAACCCAUUCAACAAAGAAGAACUGACGGCCAUCCUCAAGUUUGGUGCAGAGGAGCUGUUCAAAGAGGCAGAAGGAGAGGAGUCCGAACCACAGGAGAUGGAUAUUGAUGAGAUCCUGAGAUUGGCAGAAACGAGAGAAAGCGACCAGGGCUCAAGUGCUACAGAUGAACUUCUAUCUCAGUUUAAGGUUGCCAAUUUCUCCAGCAUGGAAGAGACCACUCCAGAGCUGGUGGAGAGGCCGGUGCGGGAAUGGGACGAUAUCAUCCCUGAAGAGCAGCGACGCAAAAUUGAGGAGGAGGAAAAGCAGCGAGAGAUGGAUGACAUCUUCAUGCUGCCCAGGAGCAGGAGCUCUAACAAGAGGGCUCAGGCCAAUGAUAGUGACAGUGAUGUCGGCUCCAAGCUGAAGAACCGCUCCUCAGGCUCCGAGAGUGAGACUGAUGAUAGCGAUGACGACAAGAAGCCAAAGAGGAGAGGCCGACCCAGAGCCCGCAAAAACAACGUGGAGGGUUUCACUGAUGCAGAGAUCCGCAGGUUCAUUAAGGCAUACAAGAAAUUUGGAUCACCGCUUGAAAGAUUGGAGGCCAUCGCUCGAGACUCUGAGCUGGUCGACAAAUCCAUAGCAGACCUGAAGAGACUCGGCGAACUGAUCCAUACUAGUUGUGUGACUGCAGUUCAGGAGCACGAGGAACACCUUAAAGAAAACCCAGUGGAAGCCAAAGGUCCUGGGAAACGGCGAGGAAUCAACAUCAAGAUCUCAGGAGUGCAGGUCAACGCCAAGACCAUCAUCCAGCAUGAGGAAGAGUUUGAACCCCUGCACAAAGUGGUGCCCUCAAACCCUGCUGAGAGAAACCAGUUCAAUCUGACAUGCAGGGUCAAGGUGGCCCACUUUGAUGUAGACUGGGAUCUGCACGAUGACGUGCAGCUCCUGCUUGGCAUCUAUGAGCACGGCUUUGGCAACUGGGAUCUGAUCAAGACGGACCCUGAUCUUAAACUCGCUGACAAGAUUCUCCCAGACGAUCCAGGCAAGAAGCCUCAGGCCAAGCAGUUGCAGGCGAGAGCAGAGUAUCUUCUGAAGCUGCUGAAAAAAGAACAAGACAAUUCAGAGCUGUCUAAAACCGGGGAGGAGGUCAAAGUGAAGAAGAGGAAGCCUCGGGUGAAAAAGGAGAACAAGAUUCUGAAGGACGAGCAAGGCAACGACAUCUCUUCCCCCCGCCUUUCUGACAACCCUUCAGAGGAGGGCGAAGUCAAGGAGGAUGGAACAGAGAAGUCUCCCGCCAAGAAAAGACAAAAGAAGAAGGACAACAAAGAGAACAAAGAAAAACAGGGAACACCUAAAAAGGAGAAGGGCGGGGACAAAGAAAAAAAGGGUGCCAAGCCCAGAAAAGAAAAGGCUAAAGGAGCCAAAGGGAAGAAGACUCAAGGUCCGGUUCACAUUACAGCUGGGUCUGACCCCGUUCCCAUCGAAGGAAAGGACGAUGAUGAACUGGACCAGGAGACUUUCAGUAUUUGCAAGGAGCGCAUGAGGCCGGUGAAGAAGGCCCUGAAGCAGCUGGAUAAACCAGAUGAGGGUCUGUCUGACCAGGAUCAGCUCCAGCACACUCGCACAUGCCUACUGAAGAUUGGAGACCGAAUCACAGAGUGCCUUAAAGCCUACAGUGACCCCGAACAUGUCAAGAUAUGGAGGAGAAACCUCUGGAUUUUUGUGUCAAAGUUUACGGAGUUUGGUGCUCGGAAGCUUCACAAGCUUUACAAAAUGGCACAGAAGAAGCGAUCACACGAGGAAGAGAAGGAGCAGAAGAAGAAGGAGGAUCCUGGUGGCAGGGGGAAAAACUUCAGACCCGAGCCCUCUGGUUCCAGUCGAGAUUCUACGGGAACUCAGUCAUCCUCCAAACCUGGAUCUCACUCCACCCAGCCGGGACCCCACGGGCACCACAGAGAGCCGUACAACUCGGCUAAUAAGCGCCACUUUGGCAACGAUGAUCGAGGAGACUGGCAGAGGGACCGUAAAUACAAUUACCCCAGUAACAGCAACCAGUCGUGGCAGGGAGACCGACAUCAUCAGUAUGACCGCUACAAGGAUCACUACGGUGACAGACGUCCACAUGGAGACUCGUACCGCAGCUCAGGCGGUUACCGCAACAGCAGCUCCCCUCGCAAACGGCCUUAUGAGCAGUACAGCAAUGACCGGGACCACAGGGGGCAGAGACCCUACUAUGACAGGCAUUCGGAUACCAAGAGAAGACGUCCUGAUGAAUUCCGUCCUAACUACCACCAGGGCAGGGAAGGUCCUCUCCAGGACUCCAGGAGUAGGCCAGCAGGUCCGCCAGGCUCCGAGCACUACAGCAGGCCCUUGCACUCUGACAAACCUUCGCUGGACCCUCGCUCCCCACAGUCGCAGAAGUCUCCGCAGGACUCCCGCUCUUCACCAGAACGGCCUGUAGAGCGGCCUGCAGAGCCCAAUGCAGCAGCAGACCCUACCUGGGACAACAGGAAAACAUAAAAGUGCACCAGUGCUGACCGAGGAACUGAUCUGGGUGUUCUGUCUAGGGUCAGGGCCUCAUACAUGCUGCGGAUGGACAAGUCUGGACUCGCCAAUCAUAAGCUCACAGUUGGAAAGGGAAUCAAUGUGUGCCCUCUUUACCAGCAAAACUCUCCUUGUCUUUUCCCCCAAAUGACUGUGGCUGUGAGUGAUGCCCUGGAGGAAGUAUGCUUUCCUUCUGUCAUCUCAAAGAUGAAGAAAAACUUUCUCAAGCAUCUUUAUUUAAAUAAAUGUACUUAAACCAGUGCUUAUGGAUGCUUAGUCCCAUGGACUAUUUUCUAAGAAGAAUUUAGGAUACAUGAACUGCUGACUGAUCUCAAUCCUAAAAGUGCCUGAAGGCUUCAGCCUUUCCGAAUGGUAGAUGUAUGGGAUCAUUCCCAGAUGAAGCAUGACAUGGACAUAUUUUUUUGUGUUAAGCUCUAAAUCUUGCAAAUGAUUUCAUUGGGAUGUCAAUACGAACGAAUGUGUUUUCAUCUGCAUCUUCAUAAUGUUCAUCAUGAAUAUGUAGCUGAACUGAACCCCCACUUUAAACAGGUGGUGCAAUGGCACAGCCUUGUUAUGGAAUUUGAAUGAUUGAUGAAGCCAGUAUGUUUACGCUAUAAAACACUCUACACAACCGUUUUAGAAAAUUCACAUUGCUCAUGUGUACAAAUGAUCAUUAUUUCUGUAAUCAUAUAUUAAUAAUAGUUAUAUUAAUCAAGGCAAUCCUCUUGCUUUGUUCACUUUAACCACUUUCCCUCUUAGUAGGCCCAAUAAAGUGGACGUUUUGUAAGCAGUAUUUAUUGCAACAACUUGUGCAAAGGUUCAUAACACUAUUACUUAGAACAAUCCUUUAUUUGUUGCCUUUCAGUAUUCUGAUAGCUAGGAAUGGUACUUCAGUGUAGUUGCAUUAAUUCAUCUUUCAGUAUUCAGAAAAUAAUAUUCUGAUAAAACCUUUUCUUUCUUUAUCUAUGGCUUGGCAAUGGUGUUGCUGGUAGAUUGUUCAGGGGUUACCAGGAAGUCGCUGAUGACAUUUGAUUAUGUUUAUUACCUCUGGUCACUUUAUCCGUGCCAAACCUGCUCUGGCCCUCACUUGUUUUUUUACGCUUCUCCAUUUGUGCCUUAUUUAUGUGUGUAUUAUCAUGCUGUAUAUUGUUCAUUGACAGUACUGGGGCCUGACAGGCAGGGUGUAGUAUUACAGUCUCAUUUUAAGGACGUUGCUCUGAAUGAACUGGUUAAGGGACCAUGUAUUCUGGUAAGCAUCAUGUGGUUUCCAAAAGAGCUGAUCAUUUGAGGGGAAACCAUAGAUAUAAAGAUAUGAUGUGUGUGUGUGUGUGUCUGUCCAGGGCUCUUAGCCGACCUGUUACAGUGAAAAGCCAGCACAUCUUCUCCUCAACGUUAAGCAAGCUACAGUUUCUGUAUCAUAUGUUCUUUAGGAAAGUUUAAAUAAUUUAUAUUUGUGACAAAACCACUCUUCAUGAGACAUGAGCUGUACAUAUAUUUGGACAUAUGUAAUAAACUUUGUUACACAAUGAAAA